AAUCUCAGCAUAAAAAAUCUCAUGAAGUGAAAGCAAAAAAAAAAACUAUAAAUAUUACUAACUCACAAUUUCCAAUUCCUUCCCAAAAUUUCAUUUUCAUUUCUUUAUUUGUUUUCUCUCAAUUGUUCUUACGAAUUGAAUGCAACAAACCCUAAUCUUUACUUGAAAUUCAAUCAAAUUUCGCUCAAACAAACAAACCCAAAUCAAAUAAAGACAAGAAAACUUUUUUUGUUGUUAGGGUUUUUCUGGGUUUCUUGAGCUAUGAGGAUAAACGAUGAAAUCUCGCCGGAGGAGAAGGAGGAGGUGAAAACGACGUCGUUGUUAUCUAUACCACAGCCUCAAAAAACGGUGGUUGUUGGGUAUGCCUUGACAUCCAAGAAGAGGAAGAGUUUCUUACAGCCCAAGCUUGAAGCUUUGGCUAGAAAUAAAGGGAUCUCGUUUGUUGCCAUUGACGUAAAGAAGCCAUUAUUAGAUCAAGGUCCUUUUGAUGUUGUUCUGCACAAGUUGUUGGGAAAGGACUGGUGUGAAGCUAUUGAGGAUUACCAGCAAAAGAAUCCAGAAGUAACUGUCCUUGAUCCUCCUAGUGCUAUACAACAUCUACGAAAUCGCCAGUCAAUGCUUCAGGAUGUUGCUGAUCUCAACUUGGCUGGUCCCAAUGGCAAAGUUUGUGUUCCAAAGCAAAUGGUUGUCAAUAAAGAUCCAUCAUCCAUUCCUCAGGAAGUUUCUAAAGCUGGGCUGAAGUUGCCACUAGUUGCAAAACCACUGGUAGUGGAUGGAACUGCCAAGUCGCAUGAGUUGUUUCUUGCGUAUGAUGAAUACUCUUUGUCGGAACUGGAACCCCCAUUGGUUCUACAAGAGUUUGUUAAUCAUGGUGGUGUUCUCUUUAAGAUUUACAUUGUUGGUGAAUCUAUAAAGGUCGUUCGACGUUUCUCUCUGCCUAAUGUCAGUAAUUGUGAGCUAGAAAAAGUUGCGGGUGUGCUUCGUUUUCCUAGGGUCUCGUCUGCCGCAGCUUCUGCAGAUGAUGCAGAUUUGGAUCCUUCUGUUGGUGAACUUCCUCCACUUCCUUUACUGGAGAAGCUAGCAAGCGAGCUUCGUCGUCGACUGGGUCUCCAAUUGUUCAACAUCGAUAUGAUUCGCGAGCAUGGGACUAAAGAUGUAUUCUAUGUGAUUGACAUUAACUACUUUCCUGGUUAUGGGAAAAUGCCGGAUUAUGAGUACAUUUUCACCGAUUUCUUGCUGAGCCUACCGCAGAACAAGUCUAAAAGGAGACCUUCGACAUGAACUGAAAACAAAACGAACUCCGUUGUAUAUGAAUGUUCGGUGCCGGUCAAAAUCUCUUCUCUUGCAAAAUCGAAGAACAGUCAAUUUCUUUAGCUUCUGUAAUUACUGAAUGGGUAUGAAAUGCCCUUUUGCUCAAGCCACUACCAUGUGAAGCAGGUUCUUGCUGUUAAUUCAGCUGUUCUUUUUCUGAUAUUGGUACUGUUUUUAGGCGAAAUGAGCAAAUUCCGCCCCUGGUAUGUCUGCAUAUCGGCCGACAGGAGUUCCCGUGUUAUUCAUAUCAGUUGUAUGAGUGACUCCUGUUGGCAAUAUAUCGGAUGGAACAUAUUCAAUAAUACAUGAACUGGCUGGGUUGCAUUUUACCCCAUUUUUUAUCAA